AUGCCGACGCCGCCGACGCCCGCUCGUGGCGGAGUCCGGGGCGGUUGGAGCCGUGAACGCGGAUGUGUUGCCAGACUCGCGGUCGGAGUCGUUGCAUUUGCCGUGAUUUCGACUCCUGGCCUGGGAUUUGCUCCGGGCUCCAGGACCUCCGAGGUUGCUCGGCCCCGGCACGUGGGGCUGUCGGCGAAGUAUGACAAAGACAAGCUGAUGAAUGAAGCUUCCUUCACCGAGGGCGCGAUGAGGUCCUUUCAAGAUCUCUUCAGGCCCAAGGAUGCCGAGUUGAGCCCUGAGGAGAUAGAGGAACAGCUGCGGCAAGAAGCCUCCAGUGCCGCAACUGAGGGUGCGAUGCAGUCGCUGAGAUUGGACGUUAUGUCUGGGGAGGAAGACGAGGAAGGCUUGCCAAUCCGACGCGCUGCUCCCAUCUCCGUGCUGCAGUCGAAGGCAAAGCAGAGCCUCGUCUUCUUCGCCGUGCCGAAAGAGCGGGAGGAGCUCGUCACCGACGUGUUGCUAUCGAUGAGGAUCGAGGCCAAGGAUAUCUCCGAACGAAAUCUUCUGCUGGUCCCUGCCAUUGUUGACGUGUCCUCGAAGAUGCUGCUCGAGUUUCCGCCCAACAUCAGGAAUGCCAAGCUCAUGCGGCAGAAGUCGGUGGCUUUGCCGGUCAGCUCCGAUGGGCAGGCCGCUGCCUGGGGUGCGCUCCUCGCGGCCGAGUUCGAGGAGGCCGAUGAGCAGGACAUUGGAGACCAGGUCAGACAGAUGGGACUGGCUCUUGUGGUGAGGUCGGAUGGUUCCAUCGUCCGCAGAGGUGUCGGUCGACCUCAGUGGAAGGUGGUCUUUGACGAAACAGACGACUGA